AUGGACUCACAGAACAAGCCAAAGAUUAAGAAGAACACUUUGAGGUUCAACUCUUCCUCGAAUGUAGAUAGUCAAGUACAAUAUGCUCAGAAAUAUCUUCUAUCUCAUAAAGAAGGGGAAGAUUCAUACCUCCUUCUUCAAGGGACUGGGGUGACUACCUCCAAAGUAGUCUCUGCAGUUGAAAGAAUCAAGGAGUUCUUCAGGAGCCACUACGACCUUGAGCUUUACCAGAUCAACAAGAUAGGCUCGAUAGUGUUCGAUGAAGACAACAGAUGUAUCAAGGAAGAUGAACUACCUAAGCCAGCCUCCUCAGUAGUAGACAAAGCUAUCAAUGCUGGGUUGAGAAGAGUCUCUUGUAUUGAAGUAAUCAUCUCAAUUAAUGAAAUCAAGAGCAAAGAUAUUGGCUUCCAGCAUGAAGCCAAACCUGCCAAGUCUCAGAAGAGCAGGAAGGUAUACCAAGGGUCUAGAAGAGGCUAUAAGAAGUACAGAAAUCCUCAGUACCACUCAAGAUGUUAUGGCAAGUACUACGACUCAGGAUAUUAUUACUAA